GUUUACCGUCUCACAUGAAGUCGAGGCCAACCAAGAUGGCGAUGUGAGUUUUGGUACUACGAGGAGGUUGUGGUCAUGGUUUCUUCAAAAUAACGGGGAUAUAACCUAAGUAACCGCCUUCAGCACCAUGGGGAACGCACCGUCGGGUGCAGUUAAUGACAGUGAAGACGAUGACGCUGAGUUCUAUGAGCAGGAAGGUCAAAGCCCAUCUUCAGAUAAGGACAGCACUGAAGGCAGCUUGGAUCUUGGGGCUCUGUUUGAUCACACACUAUUAAGGGAAGCUGCUGGGAAAAUAAAGGAAGAAGCCCAUGAGAGCUUUCUUCAACAGCAUCUGAGCACUAUAGUAAGAUGGUUACAGGAACGCAGAGAUCGCCAUGAUGAGUCUAUUCGCGUGUCCCAGUUUACUGAUAUGCUGGUGAACAGAGGAGCAAACAGAGAUGACUGUUUUGAGCUGUUUAGUCAAUUUGAUGCAGAAGGGGAGGGAAACAUCAGCGUUGAAUAUUUUCUUGAGACCCUGCAGUCAUUACCUGGUGGCUGUCUGAGUUCCAAGGGAGAUCUGAGGACUUCUAUUAAGACCUUUCACUCAUGCUCCAUCACUCCAGGAUUUGUAGAUGCUUAUGCGGAUAAUUCAGAAGCCUUAGUCAACCAUGGACAAAAACUCCUGAAGUUUAUAAAGCGGAACAGAGCACAGAGCUCAACCUUGCCCCUCCCUGCACUUGAUGGGUUCUCUAACACUACAGAGAUGAGGCUGAAGGUUCUUCAGGCCCAUAUCGAUGCCAUCAAAGAAAAAGCUGAUAUAAGAAAGCGUGCACCCCCAGUGGAAGAAGGAGAAGUGUUGAAGCCAUUGGCAAAGUGUUAUACUGAUAUUGAAGUCUCCACCAAUAAAACAGAUGCUUCUAGGGUGAUCAAUGGAGAGUCUGGUAGUUACUGGCAGUCUGACGGCCCUGCUCGCUCACAUUGGGUCAGACUCCGAAUGCGACCAAAUGUUGUGCUAAAACUGCUGUCAAUCAAUGUGGCAUCAGCUGACCAGAGUUACAUGCCGCAACAUGUAGUGGUGAUGGCAGGCCGUGAUGAGACACAUCUGCGGGAGAUAGCAGAUGUUAGAAUCCCCAGUCAUAUCACUGGCGAUUACACCUUGGUGGAGAAUGUCAAAGUUCCCUACUUAGUAUUUCAAAUCAACAUCAAACGCUGCCAUAGUGAUGGCUGCGACACAAGGAUACGAGGCCUCAAGGCAGUAGGUUACAAAGUGUUAAAGAGUAAAGGAAUGAGUGUAGGGGAUGCAUCCGGAGUCUGGUAUCUUUCUGUGCUUGGGGCAACAACUCAGGCAACACUACCUCUUGCUCCGCAUCUACGGGACACCAUUAUCUCACUUACAAAGCAAGCCCUGACCCACAUGCAUCCCCUGUGUUUAUCCCCAACCUCUCCUGAGCGCCCGACAUUUCUCACUCAGAAUGUCAUGGAGGAGAUCGAGAAUUUCUUACACAACGUGGUCAGUUUUGGCGGAAAAACUGACCCUGACAGCUUACGAAUGCUGAUUGACUUCACUCUUGCUCGUGGAAGCCUGAAGAGCAUUCUUCGAGUGUUAAGACUUCUGUAUGAUUUAGUGUCUGAAGAGUUUGAGGCGGUAGACCUCAUCCAGGGUCUGCAAGAGGUACAAUUCAGUGCAACCCGAACUCACGGUUCCCAGCUUAAAAUGUCGCUGGUGUCGUGUGACGGUGGUGAGAAGGACAAGACGACAAAAGCUGAGAAUGUCUUAUCUGAGAAUUGGACAGAAGCAUAUAUAUCUGAGAGCGGAAAAGCGUCUGUAAACAUGCUCUUCAUCUCUGCCUCUUCAAACCCAGUGAGACUCACUCGACUCAUCAUCAGGGUUUCACGUGGAGCCAUCGGACCCAGAGGGGGGCUUGUGUUUGUAGUUGACGAAGACCCCAGUUCUGAUAAAGAGAAAGACAAGAACGGGUUUGAGCAUUUGGACAAGUACAAUGACUGGACCAAGGCCAUCUACACUGACCAUAUGAAAAAGUGCCUUGGACACGAGAGAGCAAGUGACGACCCAAUCGCGUUUUUCAACACGGAAGACGACUGGGACGAAGUUGAAGUUGGCAUUGACAGUGUGGUCACAGGAAAGUACAUCGUGAUCAAGUUCCUAGGGCCUAGAGGGGAACAAGUCGGCCGUAUUGGUGUCCUCGGCGUUCACUUCUUUGGAUAUGAAAUCUCUCGUUCCUGUCCCCUUAGCCAGGAUCUUGGCAUGGAACAAAUUGCGCCUGUGCCAGAGUCUAAUCCUGUCCAAGGCGCCACGCUGUUCUUGAGGAUCUUGGCGUUUCUAGAUGACAUGGCCAAAGACCAGUCACUCUCAAGAAGUAAAGGCAAGGAAAGCUUUAUGGCAAGAGAAAAGGAAGGCCAGCUUGACCUGUCGACAACAAGUCUUGAGUUGAUCUGGGACGUGUACACACGUGUUACUUCAAGAGGAAGGAAUCGUAAAACCAUAGCCGCUGGGGUGCUGCUUCUAAGACUGCUUUACCAAAGCCUGCCUUAUCUCAAGGCCAGCAAACUACUGUAUGGCAAAGAAUACAAGCAAGACACGGACAAAAAGCAACAGUUAUCCCAGCAAGUGUUUGCUCAUCUUUGUGAGAUCGUGGAUAAUGAGAAGGAUGAGUAUGGCAGCGAAACAAAACAGAUCUCUCAGCAUAUCAUCCUUGAAGGUGCCGAAGUGUUUUUCCCUGACACGAAGACCCGCCGUGACCAUCUCCUAACCAUGGUUGACCAAGUGAUGAAAGACGGCACGUCUGUGUCCCUGGCCAUCACCUUCGCUUCACUCUGUAGGUUCUUUAGCAGUAAAGAUGCAAGUGGGUUACUCGGGUUGCCAGCCAGCUUGCCUGAGGAUGGGUGUGAUUGCAGCUCUGUGAUCGGCGUGAUGACCACCUUGCUUUCCGUGGCCCAGCAGGAAGUCAACAGCUCCCUGGCAGCCUGCAAGAACAGCACAGCUAACCAUGGCCAGGACCAGUCCCAAGCCAACCUUGCCUUCAAGGAUUCCCUUUCCUCCUCCAACCUGGUGCAGCUGCUGUGUGCGAUGCAGAAGAACCUGAUUAUCUGGUGCCAUAAUCAGCUGAAGACCGCGGGACCAAGGGGCAAGGAGGCCAUACUCUCACUCAUACAGUGCUACACCGAUAUCUUAUCUGUCAAAGUGUGCUCCACGCUUCAGAUCAUUCACGCCCUUGGAGACAAGAAGAUGGCAGCUAUUGACAGACUGGAGCAGUCUUUUAUCGCAUCUGCUACAAGACAGCUGGUGCUAUUCUUGAGUCUGUUUGUGAAUGAGGAGAACAUCUGUAUGCCGAUCCUGAGGAGUCUGCAGCCAAUUGCGCUAGAGCUCAGGAGAUUUUCCACUGAACUUCCUGACUUGUUUUUCAAGAUCGAUUCCGAGGAGUGGAACAAAGCGCAAGGACAGACCGUACUACGCACAUGGGAUGUGGAAUCCAACCACGAAUACGAAAAUAACCAGGACCUCUCAAUGGUUUUCAGCUGUCCCGGAUGUUCUGAGUUCACUGUUGAGUUUGACCCUAGAUGCGAAACGGAGCGAAAAUAUGAUUACCUCGAGUUCACUGAUUCAAGUGGUAACAAGCGACGGUUUGACCAAAAGGUCGGCACAGACAAGUGGCCUCUGACGCUUCAGUUCAAAGCAGGGAACAGACUGUUGUUUUACUUCCACUCGGAUGGAAGUAAUAGUGAAUGGGGAUAUAAGUUCAAGGUGACGGCCAAGGGGUCCCCUGAUGUUGCCCUAUCUUGGAUAUUCGACCUUCAGCUUGGCAUCGCCAUUCUGUUUGGCUCCAUGUGCAGUGCAGCACUCGACUCCCGAAAAGCGUCUCUUCCUCCCUCUACCAAAGAAGGCGAAGAAGAUGAUAGCAAGCUGUUGCAUAGCGAAAUCUGGACCACUCUCUUCAGAGGCGGCUACAUGACAGAGAAACUGCAGAGGUCACUGUCUGGGCACCAUAGCACAAGUCCACCUCAGCAGUCUACUGUGAACUCCUAUCUCCAAAUGCUGAUCGACAGAGAAGAUGCCUCAACUGAUGAUCUCAUCAAACGUUGUCGUGCGCACCACUCUGGACCCUUCAUGGGCGGCCCCGCUGUGGACAAGGCGGUCGUGGCUGUUUUCGCUGCUCUCAUAUGGCAUUCCCAGGAACUUAGAGACCAGGUCGUGCUAUUCGCGAGCCACACUCCGCCCGAAUCCCUGCCCGAGGGUAUCAUGGAGGCCUUCACUGUCGCUGAGUCGCUACGACGUAACAUCAUUGAGCGCCGUCAAAAGCUAAUCCUUCAGGCCGAGAGUGAAAACGAAGAGAGCGGCAUCGACAGCAAGAUCAACCCCGACUCGCCCGUCAUUAACUGCCGCGAAAAAGCGCAGUUCCUGCUCAAGUUUGCGGGGCUUCAGAGGAUCACAGAAAAAUCCGAGGGUCGAGACAGCAGGAGAUCAAAGUGGCUUAACAGAAAGACGUCAUGGCAGAAGUCCUCAUCCAACGAGAACCUGACAGAAAACCUGGUCACAACUCCUCGACAGCGCACGAUUUCCUUUGAGGACUUGAAGACCAUCGACAAACACCCGGCGUUUAGACGCAUCAUCGACUUUGUCACCAAUGACUCGUUUUCCCACGAGAGGAUCCGUGCAUUGCUGCAGCAAAGAAUCAAACACGCGAACACUGUGGCCGAUGUCUACUUGUUUGCUGCAGAAUUCCUCAAGAUCUCCUCCGAGUCAGAUGUUGUGCAGGCCCCUGCAGUUCUGUUCCUUCAGGAGUUCCUGUUUUCCCAAAAGCAUUUCCCAAGCCACUAUUGUGAUAAUCUCGACGGAUGUGGUUUGAGUCUGGAGAGCAAAGUGCGACGUGCGUACUACACUCUAGUAAGACGCGGAUUAGACGCCGUCAAGUCCUACUGCACCUCCAACCAGAGGUCGACGUCCGCGGCGUUUGAAUGCCUACGAGCGUUUGUUCUCCAUCUACUGGACACUGAAUGGAAGGCGUAUGACCACACCUUUAUCCUGGAUGUCCGGCUGCCAGAGUUCCUACUAGAGACUUCUAAAGCUACUGUGGUUCUACCCAAGCUGGACAUGAAUGACUUGAGCGAGCAGCAGGAGCUGGAUCACUACGAUGACAGCAUGCGAUGGUACGAGGAGGCCAAGACAAACUUUGACAGCUGGUGGCACCGCAUGGAGGAGACGGACAUGACGAGCGAGCAGAAACGACGCAUGCACCUGUUUGUAGCACAGUUCUCGGACACGCUAGACGUGGUGAUCACGUGUGAUGGGUGUGACUGCAGGCUGCCAGGCAGGAGGUAUCGCUGCCUUGUCUGUCCAGAUGUUGAUCUCUGCAGCGCUUGUUACCUUGGUGGCGUCAAGCCAGAAGGCCAUCUUGAAUUUCAUCAAGUCAUCGACUUACGGUUCAAGUGCGACGAGUGUAACAGUUUCAUAGUGGGCACCCGCUUCCACUGCAACGAGUGUGAGGACUUCGACCUUUGCAUCGGCUGCCACACCUUCGGCAAAUUUCCUUCAAAGCAUAUCGCCUCGCACAGAGUCACCAAAUAUCCAUUGAAAACAGAUACGAUAGCCAACCAACCCUCAGGCCUGGUCCAGAUGUACACCCAUCACCACGCCUGGCUCCAGUUUGCCGCAUUGACGCUCAGUCUGGCGAACACUCUCAACACCCCCGUUCAGUCAGGUCUUAAUAUCGAGUAUUUGCGCACUGCUGGAUUGCUGCACAUGGAGUGUUUGGAUCUGGUAACUCGCUGCUUACAGUAUGCUAUUGUGCAACCGGACGAAGAUGAACCCAAAUCAUCCAUCAAAUCUGACACCUCCAAGGAGAAGGUAACUGAGGGCAAACUUGAAGAGAAGUUAAAAGAACCACCCACCACAGAGGUACAAGAUCACCCCCCAUCCGGCCCCCACAACCUUCCAGACCGUGUCACCUCCCCCGUCUCAGCUCUGCUAGAAGCUGUAAGGAGCGAGGCUUCCUCCUCCGAGAGCCUUGGAGCUUCAGCUGGGGCCGCAGCUGCCCCUGAAGCGGCUGCUUCCGGGAUCACAGAGCCCAAUCCAAAGACUGUGGUGGAGCUGAGAGAGGUUCUCGAAGGGAUGGUCCCCCCUGAGAAAGUGGAGUCAGCGUUGAGUGCGUCGCUUAGUUUGACGGAUUCUGAACCGAGUACAGGGGGGUCAACCGUGUUGGCUGAAAUCAAGGUGUCGGAUGCCAGCAUGGAUUGUAGCGCUAAUGAGGCCAAGACUUGCGGUGGUGAGGAAAAGGCAAAGCCUUACAGCAAGGAGAAGCUAGAGAAGCUGUUCGCUAGAGGAGCGCAGGACAGGCUUCUGGGCUUACUAGGAGCUGUGCUACCGACCGACUCGAAGUUGAGUCGUUGGUCCAAGUCGUGUGUUGGCAUCGAGGAGUUCAUUUCGACUAAGUUUCUUCCAGCGCUUUACUCCAUCAUCAGGAGUAAGUGUUGUGAGGGAGAGACACGGAGUCUGGCCAUGGGUCUUCUGGGAAAGUUCCUUCAAUGCACCAACCCAGAGGUGUCCGACCGAGCCAUCGGUCCGUUUAUCUCCUCUGGCGAGGUCACUGAGGACAAGAAGACAGAGGAAGAGUGUCUAGGCCGCAAGACAGUGGGCUUCCUGUUCUCUCUCGGCGCCGAGUACCUUGCCAAGUCCGACCUGAACGCGUCAUCGGGCAUGGCAUCCACACUGCAACUACUGGCCAGUGCAUCGCAUUGGGAGCCGAGCGUUGCUGAGCAUAUCGGCAAGUUCAUCAAGUGCCUUGGUGACACUUCACAGCCAAUCGAAUUGAACGCAAUCUUCGGCCUGCUGGUAUUCGCGGGAUUUCCGAAUGUGAUGCGUAUGGGCUCUGUGGUCACCGUGAAGGAGGCGGGCGGAGAGAGUCGGAAGGCGGUCGUCGUAAAGUUCUACACUGACAAGGACGCGGUCAUGGUCAUCGACAUCCGCACACGGCACAGGAAAACCGUGAAGGUACAUCAGACGGAGAGCUCUUCUGGUUGGUCGCACGGCUGCCACUCGACCAACAUUUCAGUGCUGAUGGACAUUGUCAAGGAUAUUCUAGCAGAAAUCAAGGAUGGUACAAAUGUUUCUGUUGAAAGACUUUGGAUAGUCUACCUCGCUCUCAAAGGCCUAUUGAGGAGUUUAAAGUCCUCCGACGCCAGUUUCCGCCGUGACAUCAUAUCACGUGGUGUAGUCCCGCUGCUUGUUAACCUGGCCUGCCAAGGCACAUCGUUUAGUAGUCAAUGGUUGCUGAGAGACCUAGAGGUGCUGUCCCUGAAGUUAUACAAAUUAGAGAAAAUGCAAGCGAAAGCCAAACCCACCUCGUCAACAGAUGAACCCAAGAAGGACUCAGCACCUAAAGUGCCUGCGCAUAGCGGGAAAACUGCUGCUUCAGAAUGUGGCGGGCAGGAUCCGUAUGAAGGACUUGAUGACGUCACGAAAGCUUGCUUUGAUACAAUUAACGAAGCCGUGCAAGCACCUUUAUCGGUCCUGAGGGCGGUGUACGAGAACGUCGGACAAGACCGCGGCAAGCUUUUGGAAGAGAUACAACGAAACUUUGACGGCACGGAGUUCCGUGUGUCGGAUGAGGUGAAAGAAAUGUCCAAGAAGUGGGAACCCAAGCCAGAGCCUCCCGCGGAAACACCAAAGCAGGACGUGGUGAUAGACAUGGGCGUUGUCCGGUACGCCCCGUCCGAGAUCAGACCGCAAGUUGUCGAGGCGAAACCGGAAGCCGAGGAUGUCAAUCAGAAGCUCAUCCCCAUCAUGAGUGAGGCGGAGAUCGCCGAGUCGAGAGAAAAGCAAGCCCGCACGAAAUCCGCUGAGCUACUCAAGAAAGAACUGGAGGCGGACCGCAAGCCCGGCUCUGCUUUCCUUUGCAAGGUAAAUAAAGCGCUCGCCAUCAUCUACGCGCGUCACGUGCUUGCAUCGCUGCUCUCUGAUUGGCCAGAGGGAAAGGUGAUUGACGCUGAGAUGCUGGAUAACAGUGACGAAAUACAGUUGAUUGGUUUGAUCGACAUUCUGCAGCGUGUCGAACCCAAAGAAAAAUUCGAAAAGGUUGUAUCUAACACUGUUCGAUGUGGAGAACCCUCACUUAUUCGACCGCUCUCUCUGGCUGCCAGUCACUGCAUGGGUGAGGAGACCCUGGCGUCCGAGACACGAGAAUCCGAGCACAACUACAAGGACAAUGCUAAAGACGAGGGAAAGGUCCACAUUCAAGGUGCUGCCAGUCUCUAUGUCAAGUUCGACCCACGUUGCUGUACCGAGGAAGGCUGUGACGAGCUUGUCAUUGCCACUUCCCCUGACUUCCAGCAAAACAGAUACGUACUGGACGGGCCACAAGGGCGCUGGUUUGACAUCGAGCUGCCUGGUGAUGUCCUCCAUUAUCGCUUCACAUCUGACAGUAAUACUAACGACUGGGGAUGGAAGUUCGUUGUGACUGGAGGACAGCUGGGAAGGUUCAAGACCGGCUUCUCCGUUCUAAAUGCACUCCUAUCCUUAGAUAACAAUAUCGCCAGGUUCUUGCCACUGCAGAAACUAUGGAGCUUGUUGGUCUCCGUAGCCUGCUGUCAGACAGGUCAGCAGCGUCUCAUGGCAACAGGGCUGCUGCUUCGUCUGCUGCUUGUUGUAUCAGGGCAAGCUGUAGAUAGCGAUGGCGUCCGGGCAGAAGCCCUAGAUGCUCCUGAGAGGCCGGACCUGAGUCUGCUCAAGCCGCUGUGGGCGCUAUACACCAAGAUGCUAGAGAAAGAGAGCAGUGCCGGAGCCGCGCCUACGCUAGUCCCCCCAGUCCUACGCGGUCUGACGGAGCUCUUCCUAGUGGUGGAGAACCUGGCCCAGGACUGGGGCAUGGCUGAAGACUUGGUCGUGGGAUUCACAACAAACGAGAGCCUCAAGCGUUGCUUCGCCCACGCGGUGCAAAAAGUUGGUUGUAUUGGAAUCGCUAUUGGUCUGCCAAACAAGGCUUCGGAGGCUCUUAUUCAGGCGGCUAAGAACCCCCCUCCUGAGCCACCUGCUGACAAGAAGGAUGCUAAAAAGCAGGAGACGACAAGCCCUAGACCCGAGUACGAGACGAUCGCGAUUCAUAUCACCGACGAGGAGAACGACGACACGACUUCGGACGAAGAUGACGACGAUGUGGACGAUGACUAUAGCGAUGAAGAGUUCUAUGACCCGAAUGGCGCACAAUUUGCCUGAUUUCUCUACGAGCGCUUUCCGUUACCUUCUUAGCAGUUCCGAUAAUCUUCCGAGUUUGCCGAAGAAUCGGAUAAGACAAAAAUUUGUCUGAUGGGCCACAUACGAGUGCUUCGCGUUGGCUUCCGAGCGGUUUCCGAUUACAUAUUGACUAAAAUGCGAACGUUCCCAGUUCAAUAUAAUCAGCUAGGGGAAUCCAUAUAAUUGCGAGUGCAUUCGCAGGUUGAUGUAGACUGAGUAGGGAUGUGUGUGCUUCAAAUAACCGCAAGAAAUCUAGACUAAAAUUGGAGCUGUUGAAAUAACAGCGAAAGAAUGGCAAUGACAAUACUGUUAUUAGUUAUUUGCGUCUAGUUGUUACCGACUUUUCAUUGGCUUUUAUGUAGACAAAUUCACAAUAAAUACGGUACCUUGU